AUGAAUCUGAGACGUACUAAUAAAUCCGCCAAGGUUCCGAACGUCAAGCUUCGGCCAGCUGCUCCUGCGGCUAGACGUUCGAAGGACGUCACUCCUCCCCCGACAUGGGUUCAUGAACCUGGCUCAGAUGCGGAUAUAGACGCAAGUUUCGUGGAUUUGUGUCCCAGACCUUUCCGAGAAGUCGUUCUGUGUGCGACCGGAAUUAGCGACAAGACCUCAUUAUUUAAGCAGGCCAUCGAACUGGGAGCAACAUGUAUUCCCGAUCUCACAGACAAAGUUACCCACCUCCUUGCAGAGGAACCUGGCAGUGCCAAGUACAGGUGCGCGCUGGAGAACAAGAUAUCUAUCAUGCGGCCGUCCUGGAUCACUUCGUGUCAUGAAGUUUGGUUAAGAGGUGAUGAUUUUGACCUAGCAGAGAGCAUUGAGGAACACCGUCUUCCUCUUUUUGAAGGAGUGAUCCUCUCUCUAUCCGGUAUCGAGGAGGUCGACCGGCGUACGGAGAUUAACCGACUAUUGCGAGGGCAGGGGGGUGUUUACGUCAAGAACCUCGAGAGGCCUGUGAAGGUGACACACUUGCUAUGUUCGAGCAAGCAAGAGGAGGUUACCGAAAAGAUGCGGUAUGCCGAGAAAUUCAACCAGCGGGGGGAGGCGAACAUCCACUUGGUCUGGGAGGAGUGGUUCUGGGAUUCAUUAGAAUUCUGCGGCAGGUUUGACGAGCAGGCGUAUCAUGUGUCGAAGCCCCCUCCAAAACGGAGAUCACUACCUGAACCGGCAACGUCUCCUCCAGCUUCCUCAUCGCCAGCUCCCGAGGAGCGCCAAAAUCCAACAGACUCGGGCAAUCUGCUCGCUGACGACGGCGACGAGGAGAUUGCAUCCGUAAAGCGCGUGCCCGCUGUAAUGCUACAAAUAUGGGAAAGCCUCCUCAGGCCGCGCGGGUUCGAAAUCAUGGGGGACAAGCUCGUGCGCAGCCCAUCGAAGUCACAAACCGCACGAGAAAAGGUGGACCUCGGGCUGGACGACUGGAGACCCCCUUCCCGCCAAACGUCGCCCACACGGAGCAAGGCCGAGCACGUCUCUAGGAUUGCUUCGCAGAGGCCAGGCGCUCCCGGGGCUCCCGCGGUGCCCACGAGUGCGCUCUCAUCAUUCCGGCGCGCCAACUCGUUCGCCCCUGCGUCCCGGAGCAUGUCGGCACCACGCCAGCCGUUCCAGCGCGUAGCGACCUUGCCCGGAUGCUCGUCCUUCCUCGGACGUCGUACAGCGAGUGUCCAUGUGGGGGGAGAUGAUGCUGCUGCGCCAGUUGCUUCGACAUCGUCAGUUAAUGCUUCGAGCCCUCGCAAAGGCCAGAUGACAAGUGAUGGGGAGCCCAGCGCGUCGUCGUCAUCUUCUGGGUCGUCCAAUCUCUUCGCUGGGUUGAAGUUCAGAACGUUGGGCGAGGCUCGCUGCCAGAACGUUCGGACCGCUUUGGAAGAGGGAGGAGGCUCCCUCGUCUCGGACGAUGCGCCGGACGAGGAGGUAGACUAUAUCAUAGUACGACUGAUCAGUGGGAGCAGUCUGUAUCGGGCAGAAGGCGAUGAACGAGUGCGACAUAAGUACAGAACGGAGUGCUGGCUGGAGCGAUGUAUUUUCCAGGAACGCGUGUGCGAGCCGACGGAACAUGUCUCAUUUUCGCCUCUGAAGAUAAGGACCCCCAUUGAUGGUGCCGAGAACAUCAACCUCAGUUUCUCAGGGCUCGACCAGUCCGAGGCGUGCUGGGUGCGCAGACUAGCACGCGCGCUCGGUGUGAAUAUCGCCCUUAACUUCUCGCGCCGCUCGACACAUCUGCUGUGCCCGUCCCGGACGGGGGCGAAGGUGGAGAAGGCACGAGAAUGGGGUGUCCCGAUCGUCGACAUGUCGUGGGUAACAGACGUGGCGACCACCGGCGCCAUACCGCUCGUGGAUCGCACCCCAGCUGUUCCAGAACCAGAACCGGAAGCGGCGAUGGAGGUGGACCCGUCGCCCGCCGACCGGAAGGGCAAGGGCAGGGAGAUGGCGCCCGAGCGCCCGAUGGCGAACAUCACGAACGGUGCGCCGCCCAUCCCCUGCCGUAGUGAGGACCGCAUUUAUCACCGGGACGCAGAUGCAUCUGCGGAUAAUCAGGCGUGGGCGGAGCAGGAUCCCUUGGACGCCGACAUCGACACUGUGUUGCCGGAGGCGCCUUGUAUCCAGGAGGCGGGCGAUGGCAAAUCGUUUGGGCAGCCGAACGCGCUCCUCGGAGGAAAGGUGGAGCCUGGGCUCUCGAACGUCACACCGCCCCGCCCUCGCAGGCCGACUACGCAGCCUGUCAGCGAGCACGCGCCCUCACCCGGGCGCAUUCUGGUGGAGGCGACCCGCGACACCCUAGUUACAAUGGUGGAGCAGCCGGAGGCGGCAGCAACACCCGUAAAAGCCGUGGACAGUGACCCGGACAGGAUGGAGUUGAUCCCGUCCUCCACCUCGCCGUCGCCGCUGAAGAUGCCGUCACCAUUAAAGAGGCCUGACCACGAGCUCACGGAGAGUGCGCCGACGUCGCCGCGGAAGCUCUCACGGACGUCGUCGAAGGGGCUGCAGGACAGCAUCUCGUCGCUGCUCGGCAAACGAUCGUCAGAGGAGGACGCGAGCAGUGGGAAGGCGCAGCCGCAGCGGGCAGGAAAACGUCCGCGGCCGCCCUCCCGCGCGAAGCCCCCGUCGCGCGCGGACCCAGUGCCAGUGCAGCCCGAAGUGUCUCAGGCGCCUGGGGGAAUGCAGGCGCGGGCAGCGUUCGGGCCGUACGCGUUGGGGGAGGAGGACGUGAGCCUGUUCGUAGACGGGGAGCCUGGGGCCGGGGUGAGCCUGCAGGUGACGUAUGAGGACGCGGGACAGCGGUCUGAGCGGAGCCGCUUGCUGCAGCUGCUGACGAGCGAGAAGCAGGAAGUCUGGGAGGUGGACGAGCGCGAGCGCGCCAGUGGUGUGGCUGCAGCUCCCAGUGCCGGGCGCGGUGGGAAGAAGGGGAAGACAAGGGGGGCGACGAGGCGGAGUGCGCGGGUUGCAGGGUUUUGA